AUGGCUUCAUUAUCAUCAGCUGCAUAUGAGGGAGUUAAGCGCAUGUCAGAAUCUGUGUUUGUGGGAUUUUGUCACAAAAUAGGAACCUCAGAACUGGUGGCCAUGAGGAGAGAUAUGACAGAAAUCAGUGAGAUGGUGAAAAGACAAGGGGAAGGCGGCAAGGAAAUGAUAAGCAUGCUCAGUGGAAGUACUCGAGAAGGAUUCAGACUAAAAGAAUCAGAUGUAGACCUCAUGUUUUGGUUUAAUGACCAUCAAGUAAUCUGGGACUUGUGUCGUACUCAAUUUCACAAUAUAAAUGGGAAAACACUGAUUCUCUCUGAUUGUUCUGAAAGUCCACCAGGAUUUUCUCUACUUCAGAUACUGACACCAACGAGGUACAGACAAAUUUUGAAUGCCUGUGUCAGGAGGAAUGAUAGAACUUUUAUUUCUAGUUCAGCGUAUAGACAGCAGACGUGUUCAAGAGAACCUAAAAUUUCUACUCUCAAUGGACCCUGUGGAAAUGGAAAUGUAAUGGGAAAGGAAUUUGAUUUUGCUUAUUGUCUUGCCUCUGACUUGUGGCCUCCAUCUGCCUCCUCAUGGAUAGAUAGAUGUAUUACGUGGCCUCCAACUCAUGUUCUUAAUGAUAUAGUGAACAAUGGAUGCCACUUGGUACCAAUUGGACAUCCACUGGGGCUCCAUCAAAGUGAAGAAUGGCGAAUUUCUUUUUCUCUGGCAGAACUAAAACUGGUAUGCGCAAUGAACCACUGCCAGUUCUUGACUUAUGGAUUGUUAAAGGUGUUCUUGAAAGAGGCUAUAAAUCAAUCAGAAGAUACAGACAAAUUACUUUGUUCCUAUCACAUGAAAACAACACUGUUUUGGGUGAUUCAACGAAACAUGAUACCUUACUGGUGUCCACAGAAUCUUUUGGAGUGUUUCUGGGUCUGUUUUAAAGUAAUCCUUCAAUGGGUGUAUGAGGGGAUCUGUCCUAACUUUUUCAUUCCCAAAAAUAACAUGUUUCUAGUGAAGAUAUAUGGGUCAGCCCAAAAAAGAUUAUUUUUGAAAUUACAUACAUUAUACAAGACUGGUCUGGCAUCUCUGCUACAGAGUCCCACCAUAAGGUCACACAUUAUACACGUUCUGUACAACCCUAGGCUAUCCAUUUGUACUAAUGAAAGGUAUAUGACGUCUGAAGUUGAUUUUGAUACUGAACUAUUCAGCGAUAUGGUUAUGUUCGAUUUACGCAAUGCAGACUUUCAACACUGUUUGAAAUAUCUGCAGAAAAUAGAAGAGUUAGUAGGUUUACCGCUUACAAAGUAUAAAGUUGUCAGGUUACAAAGUAUCACAGCCUCUGUAUUUCAACUGACUGCAUUUAUGAUGCACAAAAAGUACGUUGACACUGGUGUAAAUAAACUGAUAUAUAUUGCUGACAAAGUAUCAUGUUACAUGCUGAAAUUAGGAGCCAAAUUUGGGUUUAUUUCUGACAUGUUGCACCUUGCCAUGUAUUAUUACAAGACAUUCAGAUACCAGGAAGCUUUAAGUGUAAUAGAGAUGACUAAGGUCAAGUUAACACAACCGUAUGUUAUGUAUAGGCUGUAUGUAGACCCAGAGAAGUAUAUACAGGCGGUAGGAGGACAGUCCUGGUCUACAAAGAUGAGAAAGGCUGUAGCUCAGAACACUGUGCUUCUUGUUGAAAUAUGUUAUAUUAAUGAAUUAGUGUUGGAACAGCAGUAUAGUAAACAGGGACAGUUGGAUACAAUAUUCAUUCCACCCUCUGUACUGUUACAUAUGCUGGACUUUUUGUGCAGUAGACAUAUUGACGCAACAAGAGCACUAUCAGCUCUAGACGAUCUUCAGUUCCUAGUCCAUCAUGAUCAGGGCUCGUAUGUACCUGUGCGUCACAGAGACUUAACAUGGCAGAUCCUGGGGAUUUGUCAGCAGAUGUCAGGGAAUCUCACGUCUGCUUUAUACUCUUACCAACAGUCACUCAGACAAUAUCCAUUUCACAAAAUACAAACUGCUACAUUGAUGAGAAUGCUGGGUAUCAAAACACACUCAGUGUUGGCCAGUCGUGGAAAAUAAAACA